UGCGGUCAUCGUAGUCCGUUGACGACUCGCGCGGUGACAGCUGUCUGGGCACCUGGCUUUUCAUCGUCUUUUGGUGUAAUCGACAACAUCUUGCGCGGUAUCUUUUCUCCAGUCCGGUUGGACAUGUCAAAUAUGGUUGAUAAGCGGAUACUAUUUGUUUGAUCUUACGCGCGCAAUGGCUUCAAAUGUUCGAUCGGUCCUCUCGCGCCCAUGGGUACUGGUCACGACGGGUGUCGUCGCCGCAUACGGCUCCUAUCUCAUCUGGUCUAGCUGGCCUUCUCAAGAUGCUCCCUCUAGUUUGCGGCGUCGUGGUGCAGUAAGAAGCCGUAACACUUCGCGAGGUCAGACAAGAAUCUGGACCUCGCCAUCAUCUGAAACAUCUCUACUCUUUGGCCUGGUACAUGUCGAUUUCGAAGGCAUCGUGGUCAGGUUUCCCAAUGGGCCGGAGCCGCCUACCGUGGCCGAGAUCCAAGAGGCUCUGAAUAUACCGAAUUCAAGAGCCUUUGAUCUGACGAUCAAGAUUCAGGAGGCCGCUCUCAAACACAUCUUCUCUAUCCUGGCUCAGGCUCCCGACGACUUGUCCGUCGAACAAUCAGACGCGUCUAGCGAUCUUCAGGAAUUGAUCCCAUAUCUGAGGCAACCCAACAUUGAUGAGCUACUUGCUAGAAUCCAUGUGCUCUGCUCGGGGUCAUGGAAGUUUCAUCAAGCCGCUGUGGCUAGAGCAUUUGCUGAUCUUUGUGGUCUCGAUCGCAUGCCUAUCAUUCCCGAUGAGACCGACCUUGACUUCACAGAGACCGACGGCUCAGAUCAUGAAGAUGAAAGAGAGCCUGCGCAAGGUAUCAAAGGUGUCCUGUAUAACAUAGCAGAAGAGAAAGCAAUGCGCGAGCUCUAUGUUCAUACGGGUAUCAGAUGCGAACAAUGUGGCCAGUACCCAAUCCGUGGUGUACGAUGGCAUUGCAACAAUUGCCCGGAUUUCGAUCUAUGCUCGACGUGUGAGACACAUCCUCUACACCCGAGGACUCAUAUCUUCAGCAAGAUCAAGGUGCCAGUCGCCUUCUUAAGUCAAAACCACCAGGUCCAUGACGUGUCCUAUCCUGGCGAUCCAAUGGCUCAAUGGCCGACUCUUAAACCUUCUCUGAAGAAGCAACUAGCAAUCGAUACAGGGAUCGAGGAGCUGAAGAUACAGGUCGCUUAUGAUCAGUUCACAUGCAAAGCCAAUACAGCUUAUCCGGAGGACCCCAUGCAAGUGAACAUCGCCUUGGACCGUCACGCCUUCAACAAACUCAUGGUGUCUCCAACGUGGAAGCGUCCUCUUGAACCCAAUUGUCUCUACGACCGCAUGUUCAACUUUUAUGACACCGACAAUAAUGGCCUCAUUGGCUUUGAGGAGUAUAUCCAUGGUAUUGCUUAUCUGCGCCGUCCCAACAAGCAGAGCAGCUCGAUGGAUCGCAUCUUCCUUGGCUUUGACUUUGACGGGGAUGGCUACAUCAGCCGCCGGGACUUCAUUCGCAUGCUCAGUGCCAAAUACGCUGUUCAAAAGAACAUCGUAAGUGACAUGAUCAGAGCCGCGGAGUACGAUAUGGUUGGCUAUAGCGCCCACGUUAUUCGUUCGAGUCAGCCAAUUAGUGCAGCUUUCGCACAUGAAGACGUGCCUCCUGGACAGACCAGAACACACACCAUGUUCAAAGGUCCAGACAGAUUUGGCGAGGCUCAAAUAAGACCCGGCGCAGGGCCUUUUGCAUCUGCAGUUCUACCUGAUGGCCUAGAACACCCAGACACAAAUCUCAUCAAAACAAUGGCUCAUCGCUAUGGUGUUGAGAUACUGCCAGGCCAUGAGGCAUCGGCUGAACAGUAUUCGCUGGAGAGUCUCACAGAGUUCACAAGCAGUCUCAACCAAGUUGGAAGUGUAGAAAUCGACCAUGAAGAGGAUCAAGAGCCGAGAUUCAUGGUUGAAACCGACCUUCGCCACAAUCACAGUCAAUCUCCGUUAGACGAGCCUGAAUUCAGAUGGCGUCAAGACAUCAAGGAAGCAUCUCGAGACAUAAAUCAAAGCAGCGAGAGACCUGUCUGGCAAGGGUUGCAUGCAGGUGAAGGCGACUUCCUUCCACCAUUACCUGCAGACAUACUCGAGAGAGGAAAAGCAUAUGAAGUGCCUGUGGCGGAAAAAGAUUUCGGUACGGAGAUCAUCUUCCAGGUCAUCCAAGAAGGUCUCAAUGAGAUCAUCGAUCCCAUCUUCGCACAGAAAGAGCGAUUGGCCGAGCGUGUGCAAGCUACCAUUGAAGAGCGACGUCGCUAUCGCCAAGAGAUCGACGAAUACGUUCAGAAUGCAAAAGCUCGACAAGAAGAACUCAGCAUUGGCGCCGAAAUUGACCCCUUGUUGGGGAUCGCGAACGAUGCCAACAGUCGGGACCUCCUUGAGCAUGAGCAGGAGUACGAAUCCGGAGCACGUAACGACACCAUGCUCCAGAUCGAGUCUCUAGAUGCGAACACGAGACUGCCCACACCGCGAGAGAUCGCAAUAGAUCUCCAAGAACACAUUACACAACAAGCUGAAACGCUCGACGGCAAUCUCGACGAUCUCGAAUCGAACAUCCGAGAGCAGUCUCUAGAUGAGCUGUUGGCGCAGUCAGGAUACAUUAUUGAUGGCUCGAUUAAUCCGGACACCGCACCUACAGACACACUUGAUAAUGGGCCAGGUUCGGAUGGAAGCGGUCUUAUGGUAACAUCGACGGCCGAGGGUGAUGUCUCACUUGAUGUGGCAUCCUCCGAUAAUCUCUCGCCCUCUACACAACACAUUCAAGCUCCCUUCUCUACACCGGACAUCGAUUCUACCACCUAUGACUCUCCGCAUUGGCAGUCUGGAAUGUUAGAACAGUCUCAAUCUUCUGAGAAGCCUAACCAUGAGAGAUUGAGAGAGCUGGCUCGUCUCGACGAAGAAGAGAAAGUUAUUCUUACCCGCGGUGGGCCGGGAAGGUUGAACUUGAAAGAAUUUGAGGAGAUCAUUCGUGCUGAUCAGAGAGGUUUGCUUCAGGGAGCUGCUGAGGGUUGGCUAGAGUGGGCGGAGUUCUAAGCAGAAAUCAUUUGUGAAACUGUCAUUCUUCUUGUAUGUGUUAUAGAGACAGGAAAAGGAUAAUGACAGUAUGAUUAAUGAAAAAGGUAUGAUAAGUCUCCGUCAUUAAAAUCUCAGCUUUCCGACCUCUUCCCCUAUCCAGAUCAGAAACCAAGAAACAAGCUCCGGCUUAUAUCUGCCCUGAAAGUCUAGCGGUUUUCUUCCUUGAGACACCACUGUGCCUUGCUACAGCUCAUUAUCUAUCUGCAUCGAAUAUCGAGAGAUAGUAGAGGUCAGAGAUGGGCACGCAGAGAGGCUUCCAAAGCUCACUCCUCCCUCCUC